AUGCACGGCCAAUCUGAGACAGACGGCAUCGUCGCAUCCCCAGAGAGCAGAGAACAUCCGACAAUCACAGCCGAUACAAAGUCAGAGAUUGAUAAUGAUACCCACUCCCUAUCGGGUGCCUCCAGCAAUACCACCGACGAAGAACAUGACCCUGAGAAUCCCCCACCCCUAGAGCGCCAGUUGACCGAGCUUGGUCCUCCCAUUAGGGUCGCCCGACUCAAGCGCAGAGGCUUGUUCAGUCAGUUGGCAUUGGUGGCAGAGGUUGAAAAUCCGAAGACAUACUCUCGCAAAAUGAAAUGGUUCAUCACAUUUGUUGUCGCUCUUGCCGGAGCCACGGCACCAAUGGGCAGUGCCAUCUUUCUCCCUUCGCUAUCACAAGUAACCAAGGAGUUACAUACGACAACCACGAUCACUAAUCUGUCAAUCGCAUUGUACAUGCUGGCCAUGUCGAUAUUCCCAUUAUGGUGGUCGUCAUUCAGCGAGCGACUUGGACGACGGACUGUCUACCUGGCUUCGUUUACUCUCUUUGUGGUCUUCAACUGUCUUUGCGCUGUCUCGAACUCUAUCGCAAUGCUGAUUGUAAUGCGAAUGUUGAGUGGUGGCGCUGCUGCUUCUGUCCAGGCCGUUGGAGCUGGCACCAUCGCCGAUAUCUGGGAAUCCAGGGAGCGAGGACGGGCCAUGGGUAUCUUCUAUCUAGGUCCGCUGUGUGGACCCUUGUUUGCACCCAUUAUCGGUGGUCUCCUAGCUCAGCGCUGGGGAUGGCGGAGCACCAUGUGGUUCCUCUCGGCAUUUGGUGCUCUCACUCUCAUCUUUAUCCUGUUCGCCCUUCCCGAGACGUUGAUGGUGCAAAAGCCUGUGCUAGCUGAACUUGAGGACGACGAAGACCCAGCUAUAAACCGCCCGUUGAGUCGAGUCUCGUCGCAGCAUGUUGUUCGGUCCACCGCAAGGUGGCUCAAGACGAUGAAGAUCAUCUUCAUUGAUCCACUCAAAAUCAUUCUCUACCUUCGAUUCAUUCCCGUCCUUCUCACUGUGUACUAUGCCAGUAUCGCCUUCGGUUCCCUCUAUGUCCUCAACAUCAGUGUUGAGCAUACCUUUGGAGAGGCGCCAUACAACUUCUCCACCAUCAUCGUUGGUUUGCUGUACAUCCCAAACUCGCUGGGAUACAUGGUGACCAGUAUCUUUGGAGGCAAAUGGAUGGACACCAUCAUGCAACGGGAGGCGAAGAAGGCGAAUCGAUACGACGAGAAAGGUAGACUGGUACUACGACCAGAAGACCGAAUGCGUGAGAAUGCAUGGCUUGGUGCCUUUAUGUACCCGGCAGCCCUGAUCUGGUAUGGUUGGGCGGCGGAGAAGGGAGUUUUCUGGCUUGUCCCGAUGAUUGCCAAUUUCUUCUUUGGUAUGGGCUCCAUGCUCAUUUUCAGUAUGGUAACCACCAUGCUCACAGAAUUCAUGCCGAAAAGGUCCUCGGAAGGUGUAGCUCUCAACAACUUCAUGCGAAAUAUCUUCUCCUGUAUCGGUUCUGUCGUCACUGCUCCGAUAAUCGGCGCUAUCGGUAAUGGGUGGCUCUUCACCAUCCUCGGUCUUGUCAGUUUCGCAAGCAGCUCCGUCAUCUUCCUGAUGAGAGUCAAUGGCCCAAAGUGGAGAAAGACCAUGGACGCGCGCAUGCGGGCAUGA